AUGAAUGAGUUUAGUGUUCAACGAGCUCUUUUCAAAUUAGCUGAAGUACAAUUGUUAAACUGGUGGUAUCAAGUUAAAUAUAAACACUAUACAGACAUUGUGUCGGUGACAAAAGAACGUUUUCUCUAUAAGUACAUUAAAAAUUUAUUACCAAAAGAAUCAAAAUUAUUAUUAUCAAGAUAUUAUAUUUAUGAUGCCUAUUAUUCUCGAUUAGUAGAAACAUAUCAACAAUCUUUGUUAACAUCAUUACCAACUAAUAAACAAAAUUAUACAUGGAUAAUGAGUAUACAACAAGCAAAAGAUUAUGCUGAAAAAUAUUUAAUUAAACUGGAUUGUGAAUGGAUUAAUCAAUUGAAUACACAAUGGUCGAAUAAAGUAUCAGAAACAAAAUCAAUACCAAAAAUAAAUUUGCUUCAUUUGAUGUUAAUACACCUUCUAUGA